CAUUUAUUCCCGUUCGUUCACCGCUCGUCUUCCCUUGUCCGUUAUUAUGCUGUUCUCUCGACGAAGCAAGAGUGCUCAGCAGUAUAGCGGGUGAAAGGCUUCCAGCACGUUGUCCGCGCUCUCGCUAUCUGCCUGAUAUUUAAUCCCUACGCCAUACACACGCCGGUCGACGAGAACGCUUUUUCGUCCUUUGUUUUGUUCCUUUUGUUUUUCAAUACGUUGUCACACGACGCCAGGAAACGACGAUGGCUCGUGGCAUAUUGUUGAGUACUGUAGCGUGUUUUUUAGCGUUUUUCGUAGCUGACAAUCACGGAUUAAUCGAAACAUCCCGACCGAGGCACGAUAAAGUUGUCGUGUGUUACGUGGCUUCGUGGGCUGCCUACCGACCAGGAAAAGGACAAUUUCAAUUUGAAAAUUUACGCCCGGAGCACUGCACCCAUUUGAUCUACGCUUUUGCUGGUCUCAAUGUAACGACAUGGUCCAUAAGGAGCCUCGAUCCUUGGGCCGAUCUCGAGGAAGAUUAUGGUAAAGGAACUUACCGCAAGAUGACCGGUCUCCGUCGCCAAUAUCCGGGACUCAAAGUUUCUUUGGCGAUUGGUGGAUGGAACGAGGGGAGCGCCAAUUACUCUGCUCUCGCUUCCUCGCCGACGAGAAGAGGCCUCUUCGUCAACAGCGUUCUCCAGUUCAUGAAAAAUUAUGACUUUGAUGGACUGGACCUCGACUGGGAGUUCCCCGGCAAACGAGGCGGUGCUCCGCAGGACAAGCAAAAUUUCGUCAGCCUCGUCCAGGAAUUGAGCGGCGUUUUGAAGAGUCGGGGGUUGCUGUUGACAGCAGCGAUAAGUGCGGAUAGAGCGACCAUUGACGCCGCUUACGAUGUUCCGGAAAUUUCAAAGUAUCUUGACUUCAUUCAUCUCAUGGCGUAUGAUUAUCACGGAGCCUGGGACAAGAAGGUCUUACCGAACGCACCGUUGCAAUGCGACGAUGAGCUCUGCGUCGAGAAGAGCAUAAACCACUUAAUGAAGCUUGGUGCUCCGGUCGAUAAGCUCGUUCUUGGUCUGCCAAUGUACGGGAGAACUUUCAUUUUGGCAUCGAUGCCGAAGAACGACAGCGAGGAAAGUCCGAUCGGUGCUCCAGCCCUCGACCAAGGUUUCAUGGGUAACUUCACCCGCGAAUUUGGCUUCCUCGGAUACAACGAGAUCUGUCGGGAGCUUUCGGAAUUUCCGAACACUUGGAGAACCGGUUGGUACGAGGAUGGCUACAGCGCUUACGCUGUAAACGGAGAUCGGGUUGUUGUUUACGACAACGUAAAGAGCCUCGUCAAAAAAGCUGCAUACGUAACGAAAAUGAGAUUAGCAGGUGUGAUGAUUUGGAGCAUUGACACCGACGAUUUUCGUGGGGAUUGCUCGAAGCUUCACGCUGAUGUUUUGGACCCACUGAUAUCGAGCGAUUAUCCAUUGAUGCGAUCGAUCAACUUGGCCCUGACGAAAUCGACUGAAAUCGACGACAAUUCCAUCGAGUCGUUUUCCCCUCCGGUGUUUCUCAGCGGAUACAUUAUUUUAUCAACAUGUUUUAUUUAUGUCUGGUGAACAAACAUCAUCGACAAAUCAAUAGCGAGAUGACAAGAAGCAUUUCGUUUCGGUACGCAGAAAUAUUCAUUCCUGCCGCGAUGCAUUUGUUCUUUUUAAUCACUUGAGAGUCAUCGUUGAUUCACAAACAUUUGUUACCUUUUGUUCCUGUACUUAAGAGUCUUCUGUCAAUCAUAUUUCCACUUUUUUUCGAAUACUGUAACGACAGCGCACAUAGGUUCAUUUUUAUCUUAUAUUUUUAACGAAAAAUUCAAUAUUUUCCAAUGUAGAAAGAAACCUAAGAAUAAACACACGAAUUUAAGUGGAACAUUGUUUUCCGAUACUCCAUUACCGUUAGAGUAGCUUACCGAGAAAAAGUAGUACAGAGAAGUUUCAGACAAAUUGGAAAUCGAUUUUUUGAACGACACGUCUGUGCCUUCGAAGACAUAGAAGUGGGUCUGUAAACAAUGCACCAACCCAGAGAAUGUCCUUUACUAUUUUUUUGCGAUUGCAGCCCCGUCUGCGCCAUUCAGAUCCCAAUAGAUUCUGAACACCCAUCAGCGUGAGAUGAAUGACUACGAAGAAAGAAUUAUUUAAGGAGGGUGGAUCACGAAAUCAAGAUAAUCACAAUUUGAUCAAAUUUGGUGAUAACAUUCUUUGGGCAUCAAGAAUACAAAUACAAUAUUUUUAAAGAAUACAUUUAUUAAAUUUUAUUAAAUUCUUAUUAUUUUGAAAUUCUUAAUAUUUUUAAUAUGGUUUAGCAUGGCAAGAUUGUAUCGUCGCGAUCCACCCUCCUUAAUCAAAAUAUGUAAAAUUCUGCUGAAAUUAACAUUUUACUCCGCGUGAUUCUACCACAUAUUGCCAAUGUCAUGAAGCUAAAAACUUAAUGGAAAAACAUUUUCGUCAAAAUCACUAUUUUUAACAGUGUUCGAUGCGAAAAUAUUUAUUCAUUAUUCUUGCACGCGGUCGUUCACUACUGCAGCAUCGUCAAGUAUCGUCAAGUAUCCAAUCGUUGUAUGUAGCAGAGCUCAUCGAUUGCUUAAUAAAUCAAUUUUGCAGUCUAUUUAUUUUU